AUGCCAGACGAGCACUGGCGCGCUGAAAUACACGAAACCGCUUUGCUCUUGGAGGCUGUUGCGAGUGGCGACAGGUCUCGGGUGGUCAAACAAUUGACAGACUACCUCUUGGCCAAGGACGAGCGAAAAGCACAUGGCGACGAGACGGCCGACGAGCAGCAAGAACACUACGGGGACGAGGAAGAGCAAGAAUACGGGGAGACCUAUGGCGAAGAUGGAGACCAAUAUGGCUAUGAGAACGACGACUAUCAGCAGCACGAGGCCUACGACGAUGAGUACGGAGCUGAGGUCUACGUUGCAGCUGAUGACGACUAUCAAGGCGAGGCUUACAUGUCUGGCGCGUACAAUGAAGCUGAUGAGGGCGACGAUCUGUACGACAAGGAAGGCUACGACGAGGGAUACGGCUACGACAACAACUACAACCAAACGCCAUACGCGCCGCACGAUUCAUCGGCCGUUUCGGCCUACAAGAAUGGAAGCAUGGCGGGGAUCGGCAAUGAAUACGAUGACGGUUCCUACUACCAGGACGAAGGAUAUGAUCCUGCUUACUACGAGCAGGAGGACAUCGCCUAUGAGGGACAAAAUGACCUUGAAUGGGAUGGCGAAGACGGUCAAUAUCCAGGCCAAGGUGGUGCGAUGUCUUAUGGAGGAGGUGAGUGGUCUCAAGAGGCGGAAUACGAACUACGCUCAGAUGACCAAAUACAGGUCGUCGAUGAAGUCGACAAUGACACAGCCGAGCAAUGGCAGGCGGACGACAUGUACCAGUACUUGGACGAUAGCACCUAUGGCGCGGAGGAUCCCGGGUACGCUGAAGAGCAGGAGGCUCCGUUAUAUCGUGAGAUUCAGGUGUAUCCCGAUCCGGAUGACCCGUCGCCCGUAUACGCUCAUCUCCCAAUCGAGCGACAUCAAUCUCACAGACAACAACAACCGUAUCCGGAUGAUACGUCUUCCGGAUAUAUUCCUCUCCCUAUCGAGCGACAUCAAUCACAGAGAUACCAGCCGUAUCCCGAUGAUCAGUGGCUCUCCCAUAUUAUUACGACCGAGCCACCGCCCGAAUACUCUGAAGUACAGCACGAGGGGCCAUCGAGGACACCUAGUGGAAUGACAGCACUGCAAAGGGCCGGUCUCCAGGAAAUCGAAAGCAGCAACGCGUCUGGGAACGACAACGGGGCAUCCAUGCAGCUACCCCCUGGAUACGGAAAUGGGUCUCACACUCAGUCUGUUGCCAGAAGGCUUACAGAAGAUGAGGACGAAGAUGCAGCGUGGGAAGAUGAGCAGUGCCGGGACGACGACGAUGUGGUAUCUCCAGCCACACCUGGAGACGGGUACCUCCAGUUCAAUCCUCUUAGCCACCUAUACAGUGGGCCGCGGCUUGCCAUGCCUGUGCCACCCAUGAGAGGGAGCAGCUCUAGACGGAGCUGGGAGCAGUAG